AUGCCAGCUGCCGUGUCACCAGAAAGACCCCGAAGUGGCAUCACCCGAUUGACUGGAUGCCGACUAGUCAAAAACAAUACAUUGGUAGAGGAAGACUUAUGGCUCUCCUCAGUCACGGGUCGCAUUCUACGCAGCCAAGAAGUCUUUUACGAGCAUCAGGCAGCUCCAGACGAAGUCAUUGACCUCGGCGGCCGUAUCGUCUCUCCCGGCUUCAUCGAUGUACAAUUUAAUGGCGCCUUUGGUUUCGACUUCUCACAGGCACCAGAGGAUCCCGUGUCCUACCGUAAGGGUCUGAAAGAGCUAAAUAGAAGAUUGAUUGGGACUGGCCUCACAUCAUAUCUACCCACGAUCACUAGUCAGAAGCCAGAACUGUAUCACAGCGCAUUGCCGUACCUGGGCCCAUCAGGCUCAGCCCGUGACGCAGAUGAAGGUGCAGAGUCUCUGGGCGCCCACGUCGAGGGCCCUUUCCUCAGUCCGACCAAGAACGGCAUCCACAGCCCCGAAGUCCUACAGUCCGCUACAUCGUUCGCCGAUCUCGAAGCCUGCUACGGUGUCCACAACCUGUCCAACAUCAAAAAAUUGACCGCCGCACCCGAAGUCGGAAACAUGACCUCGAUCAUCCCAGAGGUGGUCAAACACAACAUUAUCUUCAGUAUCGGUCACACAGAGGCUACCUACGAAGAAGCAUCUGCAGCUGUAGCUGCUGGAGCGAAGAUGAUCACACACCUCUUCAAUGCCAUGAAGCCGCUACACCACAGAAACCCAGGUGUUUUCGGCAUCCUGGGCCAUCCUUCCACGCAUACGCCUUUCUUUGGUGUCAUCGCAGAUGGAAUUCAUCUACAUCCCACCACUGUCAAGAUAGCAUACGCGGCGCACCCCGAAGGCAUGAUUCUAGUGACCGAUGCCAUGAGUCUUGCUGGUCUGCCAGACGGCACAUACAACUGGACAAAUGGCGACAGCAUUGUCAAGAAAGGCUCAAACCUGACACUCGAUGGCACAGACAAGAUUGCUGGUGGUUGUGCAACCUUGCUAGACUGUGUAAACAACUUUCUCAACUGGUCGAAUGCCAGUAUCGCCGAAGCUGUCAGAGCUGUUACUGUCACGCCAGCUAAGAUGCUUGGGUUGGAAGGUGUCAAGGGAUCUCUGGAAGCCGAUGCUGAUGCUGAUCUGUUGGUCUUGUCCGAGGAAGUUGAUGGUGACGGAAGACAUUUGCUAGUUGAUCAAGUGUGGAAAUUUGGAAGAUUGGUUCAUGAGAGAUCAUGA